GGCCACGGGCUGGGGCGCGAGGCGGAGGCGGUCCGCGGACUGACGCUGCUGGAGCCGAAGCGCGAGCCGGGCGAGGCCGCAGCCAGGGGCGGCAGGAGCGGCGGGAGCACGGCUGGUCGGCUCCAUGGCGCCAGUGGCGCCCGUCUGAGCAGCGCGGGCAGCGGCAGGCGGCGGCCGGAUCGGGCCGCGGCUUUUACGCACCAUGGGGGACGUGCUGUCCACGCACCUGGACGACGCCAGGCGCCAGCACAUCGCAGCCUCGUGGCACGUGGGAUCUUGGUUCCCCGACCAGGGAUCAAACCUGUGCCCCCUGCAGUGGAAGUGUGGAGUCUCCCAUCACUGGACCUCCAGGGAAGUCCCUGUCUGUUUGUGUUGUUACUGCUAACCUCUCUCCUGGGACAGAAUCUUCUCCAUAGCCUCCUUGCCAAUUGGCCGUCCAGCUUCUGCUUGUAUACCUCCAGUGACAGGGAGCUCCCUACUCUAUAGGGGCCACCUGUCCCACCACUGGGCACCUGAGAUGGAAAGCCCCUUCUGGAGUCCUGUCUGCCGUGGGUGGGUCACUCGAGAACAGCCUCCAUUUCGGCCAGGGUCUGGCUAUGUCUGGCUUUCCACGGCAUCUCUUUUCCUGAGAAUUAUCCAACUCUUUUGUUUUGGGAGUUGAGCUAGGUCCUCCCUUUUUCCCCUUAACAGUCCUUACCUGGUACUCAGCCCUUUACAGCAUCAUUCGUCACAUACUGAGCAAGCCUGAGCAAACUUGAUGUUGAAACCAUAGAGGUAUUUUCAUUAGCAUUGAUCUGGACGUCUUAGUCAAUUCAAUAAGACAAGAAAAAAAAGAGAGAGAGGUAUAAACACAAGAUACCAGGAAAGCAAGACACUGUGGUCCCGCCCUGGUGGAGUUCAAAGCACUUUCCCAUCUAGCCUCGCCCUUGGCCUUGUCCACCCUGUGAGGCUACCUGUGGGAAGUGCAGGUUCAGAGAGACGAGGAGUUUGCCCAGCUGCAGGGCCGUGGAGCGGAGGGAGCUGUGGUCCACUGAGGUCUGGUGGCUUAUGGUUUGUUGGGUGUUUGCUUUCUGAAUCUUCGUUGGUGUUUCUCCGUCCACUUCUCCUUUCUGAAUAGUUAACCUCUGAGGGACAAGGGCCCAGGAAGACCGGACCCCAAGCGUGUUACCUCCCCGUCCUCUGCAUGGCCUGCAGAGCGACCGGGUAGCUGCUGCUUUGAUUCCACUUUUCUGGUCCCCAUUUCAUGGCACGAAACGCAUCACAGAAAAUUGCCAGUAGCACGGGUGGACACACUGUGGGACCCCUGAGCUUGUGAAAGACCCCACUGCCCACCUGGCAACUCAUCCCCCGGCCACCGACACUCGGGCAGGUGGAACUGCUUUCAGUUACUCAGGCAUCACCAUUGAUGAUACAAGCCCCCAUCUGCUCGGGCUCUGUGGCUUUACUCAUUUCAUUGAAUCCUUAUGACAACCCGAUGCGGUGGGGCGGGUACCACUGUUACUCCCAUUUUUACGGCCCAGGAAACUGAAGUUCAGAGAGAAUUAAGCCACAUGUCCAGAGUCCUACAGUCAGUGAGCAGUGGGGUUAGUAUUUGAACUGAGAUCAAAUUCUAGAACCUUGACACUACACUGUUCUGUGGAAGUGCCCUUCUCGACACAGGAAGGUACUCAGGUGUUUGUGGAACAGAUGAAUAUUUUCUCGCCUGUCUGAAUCUGUGCAUUUCCUGUGUUUUCUGCUUGGCAUGCUCUCCCUGCCCAAACCUCCUCCUUCACCUUGCCAGCACCCCUUCAUGUCUCGGGUGCCGCCUCCUUCUGGAAGCCUUCCCCGACGCUGCAGGCUGGGUUAGCUGCCCCUCCUCUGGGUUCUUCUGCUGCUCCCAGCCCCAUUGUAGGUUUUGUUGACAGUCUGUCUCCCUCAUUAGACAACAGGGAGUGGGUUUGUCUAACUCACUCCUGAAUGCCCAGUGCCCCGUGGUUGAUGAAUGAAUGAAUGAAUGAGGGCAACACAAAACCUUUCUCAGCCAGCACGGUGGAGCCCCGGAGACCCUCACUCGUCCUUGAUGCUGCCCCCAGCUCCCAUUUUGGUUGAUCCUGAGCUGACUGACGUGGAUUUCAGGCUGUCCCCAGCGCCCUACCUCUUGGUGGCUGGUGGGAGGGGCUGGGUGGUGAUGCUGGCUGUCAGGCUGGUCGUGGAGGAGGGGCUCAGGCAGCCAGUAGUUCUGCCUGGGAUCUCAGGGUCUAACUCUAGUCUGGGUGCUACAGGGAAAGUUGGUGGUGGGCUCUCAAACAGGGGUCUGGGCCUGUGGUGGGCACCCACCAGCGUGAGGGUGCCGUGGCAGAGUGCCCUAGGCGCCCGGUCCAGCCUCAGCGCUCUGCACUGUGGGCGGAGAGCAGGCGUGUGUUGAGGGGCACCACGGCCUGGGGGCAGUUUUGACAGAUGGCCAGGCCCCAGGCUAAGAGGACUCAAGCUCCAGUGGGCGUGGCAAGGAAGAAAAGAAGAGCACGCAGGUCAGCCGCCUCUGUGCCCAGCGUGAGGGAGAAGCUGAUUAUCCCCAGUGCACGGAGGAGAAUACGGAGUGAGGCACCGAGCCACGGAGCUGGGGUUUGUCCUGUGUCUGUCUGGCUCCCAAGCCAGGGCUCUCUGGGGCAGGAGGAUGGGCGAAGUGGAGCGGAGAAAACCGGGAAGAUCCUGACGGAGUUCCUCCGCUUCUACGAGGACCAGUAUGGUGUGGCUCUCUUCAACAGCAUGCGACACGAGAUCGAGGGCACCGGGGCGCCACAGGCCCAGCUGCUCUGGCGCAAGGUGCCCUUGGAUGAGCGCAUCAUCUUCUCGGGGAACCUCUUCCAGUACCAGGAGGACAGCAAGAAGUGGAGGAACCGCUUCAGCCUCGUGCCGCACAACUAUGGGCUGGUGCUCUACGAGAACAAAGUGGCUUACGAGCGGCAGGUCCCACCCCGAGCUGUCAUCAACAGUGCGGGCUACAAAAUUCUCACCUCCUUGGACCAGUACCUGGAGCUUGUUGGCAACUCCUUACCAGGGACCACAUCAAAAUCGGGCACUGCCCCCGUCCUCAAGUGCCCCACGCAGUUCCCGCUCAUCCUCUGGCAUCCUUCUGCGCGUCACUACUACUUCUGCAUGAUGACGGAAGCUGAGCAGGACAAGUGGCAGGCUGUCCUGCAGGACUGCGUCCGCCACUGCAACAACGGGAUCCCCGAGGACUCCAAGGUGGAGGGCCCCGCGUUCACGGACGCCAUCCGCAUGUACCGCCAGUCCAAGGAGCUGUACGGCACCUGGGAGAUGCUGUGUGGGAACGAGCUGCAGAUCCUGAGCAACCUGGUGAUGGAGGAGCUGGGCCCUGAGCUGAAGGCAGAGCUCGCCCCCCGGCUGAAGGGGAAACCGCAGGAGCGACAGCGGCAGUGGAUCCAGAUCUCGGACACCGUGUACCGCAUGGUGUAUGAACAGGCCAAGGCACGCUUGGAGGCCGUGCUGUCCAAGCUGCAGCUGGCCCGGCCGGCCAUGGAGGCGGUCAUCCGCACCGACAUGGACCAGAUCAUCACCUCCAAGGAGCAUCUGGCCAGCAAGAUCCGAGCCUCCAUCCUCCCCAAGGCGGAGGUGUGUGUCCGGAAUCAUGUCCAGCCCUAUAUCCCGUCCAUACUGGAGGCCCUGAUGGUGCCCACCAGCCAGGGCUUCACCGAAGUGCGGGACGUCUUCUUCAAGGAGGUCACCGACAUGAACCUGAACGUCAUCAAUGAGGGCGGCAUCGACAAGCUGGGCGAGUACAUGGAGAAGCUGUCCCAGCUGGCGUACCACCCCCUCAAGAUGCAGAGCUGCUAUGAGAAGAUGGAGCCGCUGCGGCUCGAUGGGCUGCAGCAGCGUUUUGACGUGUCCAGCACGUCUGUGUUCAAGCAGCGAGCCCAGAUCCUCAUGCGUGAGCAAAUGGACAACGCGGUGUACACCUUCGAGACCCUCCUGCACCAGGAGCUGGGGAAGGGGCCCACCAAGGAGGAGCUGUGCAAGUCCAUCCAGCGCAUCCUGGAGCGGGUGCUGAAGAGUCUCCUGUGCCCUGGCCGCUCUUCCUGGCAGAAAUACGACUAUGACAGCAGCACCGUGCGGAAGCGCUUUUUCCGGGAGGCUCUGCUGCAGAUCACCAUCCCAUUCCUGCUGAAGAAGCUGGCGCCCACCUGCAAGUCGGAGCUGUCCCGGUUCCAGGAGCUGAUAUUCGAGGACUUUGCCAGGUUCAUCCUGGUGGAGAACACAUAUGAGGAGGUGGUGUUGCAGACGGUCAUGAAGGACAUCCUGCAGGCUGUGAAGGAGGCCGCCGUGCAGAGGAAGCACAACCUGUACCGGGACAGCGUGGUCAUGCACAACAGCGACCCCAACCUGCAUCUGCUGGCCGAGGGCUUGCCCAUCGACUGGGGCGAGGAGUACAGCGGCAGCAGUGACAGUGGUGGGGACCCCGGCAGCCCUGGCAUCCCGGAAGCAGCCACCCUCUCGGAAAAGCGCCGGCGUGCCAAGCAGGUGGUGUCCGUGGUCCAGGACGAGGAGGUGGGGCUGCCCUUCGAGGCGGUCCCUGAGCCCCUACCACCUGCGUCCGCAGACAGCAUCACCGAGCUCCGUGGUCUGCUGGCCCGGGAUCUGCAGGCUGAGAGCCCCCCGCUGGCCGGCCCCCUGCUCAAUGGGGCCCCCGCCCAGGAGAGCCCCCAGCCCGGGGCAGCCCCUGAGGCCGCCUCACCCCCUGCCUCACCCCUCCGGCAGCUCCCGCCUGGAAAGGCCUCGGACCUCGAGCCUCCCAAGCCUAGUGACCAGGAGACCGGGGAGCAGGUGUCCGGCCCUGGCGGCCGCCCCCCAAUCCAUACCACCACCGAGGACGGUGCAGGGGUGCAGACUGAGUUCUAGGCCAGUCGCCCCCGAGCUUCUGUUGGACAUGGCGCACGGGCCACUCCCUGAGGCACUGGAAGGCUCGGCUCUGGGCGGGGAGCGCUGGAUCUAUGCCUUCCAGGUGGGGAUGGGGCCAGGCUGGUGUGGCACCUCUGGGGCGGAGACGGGCCCACCUGAGUCACUUUAUUGGGUUUGGUCACACUUGGUCGGUCUGUUUUCUCUUAUGUGGGAUGAUCUCGGCUUUCCUCCUCCUGCCGGGGGCAGAGCACAGCGGAGGGGGCUGGGAGCACGCGGUGGCCCUGGGUCCCUGAGUCCUGCGUCCCUGCCCCGCCUCUGUGGCCCGUUUCCCUCGUGGGUCUUGCCCUCCUUGGGAAGAGGGCGUAAGAGUAGCAUCUGCUGUGACACAAAGCCCAUGGAUCCUCUGCUCGCACCAAGGGGCUCGCUGGAACCAGGAAGACGGAGCGCUGAGGCCCGUCUUGGCCCCGCUCCUCCCUCCUCCCGGCUGGGCCCCAGAGGAUACUGGCCUUGCUGUCCUGCCCCGGGUGAGGGGAUGUGCAAGGAGGGGCCUUCAGGCUGGGGGAGAGCUGCCUCGCGGAGGGGGAUGGGGCCGUGGGCCUGAGGAGAGAACAAGAAAGGCCUGGAAUGGGCUGGUCUGGGGAGAGGAGGGAGAGGGCGUGUCUGAGGGAAGGAGGGCGUGACCUCUGCAGAGGUACUGCUGGGAGGGUGGGCGCGGUGGCAGAUGGAGGGCUGCUGGAAGCUGGGCCGUUGCCUCCCCCUCCACUUGCUGGGGUCCAGUCUCCGGAGUUCCUCUGUCCCCGUGCUGGGCUCGGGGGGUGGGGGGCGGUGGCAUGUUGCUCAGUGGCAGGGCCGGGUGGGUGUGGACUCUGCAGGCCACUUCCAAGGUACGCGUUGUCCUCCCAGGGAGCUGCGGGGCUCGUGAGGGGCAGGAGGAUGGGCCGAGGCACCCCAGGGCACCACUGAGCUCUUGCGUCAGGCUGGGGCUCGGCCCCUUGUGCUCUGAGUUUCCGGUCACCCCAUCCUGAAAACUCCAGGACUCUUUAAAUGUCCUGAGUCACGUGGAGGCCCAGCCAUCCCCCUUCCUGGGGUGAGGGUCAAGCCGAGACCAUCCCCAGGGGCUGGGGCCUCCUGGCCUUCCCACACCCCCUCCCCUGCUGCUUGGAGGGGAGGGGAGGGGAGGGUGGGCAGGGCAGAAACCGAGUCCUUCAGGGUCGUCAACGCCAUCCCAGCCCUGCCUCCUCCAUCCCCUCAUCUCCUUCCUGGACCGGGCCCUGGGACCCACAGGACGUGAAGCACUGGCUGGUGCUCAGGGACCCCCGCCCCCCCCAGUCCCCCAAGCCCUAAACUCAACGCCUCACUAACCUCUUUUACCAACACGUUCCGUCUGAAGAUGCUCUCCUUUGGUGCCUUCUUUUGUGGUUUUCCAAAUCAUCCUCAAAUCUUGUAUUGAAAAUAUUAUGCAAACUGUUUAAGCUUCUACUAAUCAAUAAAUGCUUUAUUUAAAGCCA